AUGGAAUCAAUCUCUAUGAUGGGAAGUCCUAAGAACCUCAAUGAAACCUUCUUACCAAAUGGUGUUAAUGGUAUCAAGGAUGCCAGUAAGAUCACAAUAGGCAUAUUUGGAAGUGGAGACUUUGCCAAGUCCCUGACCAUUAGGCUUAUAAAAUGUGGAUAUCAUGUGGUCGUAGGAAGCAGAAACCCUAAAUUUGCUGCUGAAUUCUUCCCACAUGUGGUUGAUGUUACUCACCAUGAAGAUGCUAUAGCAAAAACUAACAUCAUUUUUGUCGCCAUACACAGAGAACAUUAUGCCUCUUUGUGGGACCUCAAGCAUUUACUUAUAGGUAAAAUCCUUGUAGAUGUUAGCAACAAUAUGAGGGUGAAUCAGUAUCCAGAAUCCAAUGCAGAGUAUUUGGCCUCCCUGUUCCCAGAUUCGCUGAUUGUCAAAGGAUUCAAUGUCAUCUCAGCCUGGGCACUGCAGUUAGGACCAAAGGAUGCCAGCAGACAGGUCUUUAUAUGCGGUAACAAUGUUCAAGCUCGCCAUCAAGUUAUCGAACUUGCCCGACAGCUGAAUUUUAUUCCCAUUGAUUUGGGGGCAUUGUCUUCUGCAAGGGAGAUUGAAAACUUACCUCUGCGGCUGUUCACGUUGUGGAAAGGGCCGGUAGUGGUGGCUGUUAGUUUGGCCACGUUUUUCUUCAUCUAUUCUUUCAUCAGAGAUAUAAUCCAUCCAUAUGUGAGAAACCAGCAGAGCGACUUUUACAAGAUUCCCAUUGAGAUUGUGAACAAGACUUUACCAGUUGUUGCUAUUACUUUGUUGUCUCUGGUGUAUUUAUCAGGACUCCUGGCAGCUGCUUAUCAGCUUUAUUAUGGCACUAAAUAUAGGCGACUUCCUCCCUGGCUGGAGAGUUGGUUGCAAUGUAGGAAACAGCUGGGACUACUCAGUUUUUUCUUUGCUACCGUGCACGUGGCUUAUAGUCUCUGCUUACCAAUGAGGAGGUCUGAACGAUACUUGUUUCUUAAUAUGGCUUAUCAGCAGGUUCAUGCAAAUGUGGAAAAUUCUUGGAAUGAGGAAGAAGUGUGGCGAAUUGAAAUGUAUAUCUCCUUUGGAAUAAUGAGUCUCGGCUUGCUUUCUUUGUUGGCAGUUACUUCCAUCCCUUCAGUAAACAGUGCCUUAAACUGGAGGGAAUUCAGUUUUAUUCAGUCUACACUGGGAUAUGUCGCUCUGCUCAUAAGUACUUUCCAUGUGUUAAUUUAUGGGUGGAAAAGAGCCUUUGAAGAAGAAUACUACAGGUUUUAUACACCACCAAACUUUGUUCUUGCCCUUGUUUUGCCUUCUAUUGUAAUUGUAGGUAAGAUCAUUUUACUCUUUCCAUGUAUAAGCAGGAAACUGAGAAGAAUCAGAAGAGGCUGGGAAAAAAGCCAAGUUAUGGAAGAAAGAGGUGGGACUGUUCCACAUCUCUCACCAGAAAGGAUUACGGUGAUGUGA